UCCCCCUCUUUCUGGGUAUCUCUGUUUGGGGCGGGGGGGCUCUGAUCAGUUUUCCAAACAACUAUCAUCACCUCUCCCGACCCCCUCCGCGUCCCCCCCCACCUCCCCAGGUUCCUCGCCCCUUUCAACACUGUUUUUUCAAGGCUGAUCGGGGGGUUAGUGGGGGGGGGGGAAAGAGUGAAGAAAAGUUGCAAACGUCUCCUCGCUUCCUAAGCCUCCCGCCCCCACCCGCCCCUCCGAGCAGGAGAAGAUAAUAUAGUGAAAAGAAGAGGAGGCGGAGGAGAGCGCGACGGGACGGACGCGGGCGGGAGCGCAGCAAGCCCUCCCGGCUCCGCCGCGGCGCCUCGCGGGUCCGGGAGGCGAGGGGGCCCCGCGGGGAGACGCCGUGACAACUUUCGUUUCCCCCCGCCCCCCCGAGGGAGCCGCGAGGUCUGCGGCCCCGAAAAACAAGACAUGAAUAACCCAUUUCUCAGAUGAAGAAACUGAGACCUUAGAUUAAUUUAUCCAACUCCCAAAGCAAGUGGACCUGGAGCCAAGACCUUCUGACUCAUUCUCAGGCUUUUCAGCCCCGUGGCAAGCUGUUGGAGCGAGGGAACAGAGGUAAAGAAUGAUGUAAUGCACUGGCCGCCCCAAAGCAUCUUUUGUUGGAAUGGUUAUUCCAGUCAUCUCUUUAUGAAUCAAAUGUGAGGGGCUGCUUUGUGGACGGAGGCCUUUGCGAGAACACAUCAACGGGAAAGAGAAAGAGACAUUCACUUGGAGGGCUCUCGCCGAAAAUGGGUUUAACUCUGCUCUAUCCAGUCACCACCAGCCUGACCUCACACACUUCAGUACAAUGGAGUGGCUGAGCCUUUGAGCACACCACCAUUACAUCAUCGUGGCAAAUUAAAGGAAGAGGUGGGAAAAGAGGACUUAUUGUUGUCAUGGCCCAUGAGAUGAUUGGAACUCAAAUUGUUACUGAGAGGCUGGUGGCUCUGCUGGAAAGUGGAACGGAAAAAGUGCUGCUAAUUGAUAGCCGGCCAUUCGUGGAAUACAAUACGUCCCACAUUUUGGAGGCCAUUAAUAUCAACUGCUCCAAGCUUAUGAAGCGAAGGUUGCAACAGGACAAAGUGUUAAUUACGGAGCUCAUCCAGCACUCGGCCAAACAUAAGGUCGACCUUGACUGCAGUCAGAAGGUUGUCGUGUACGAUCAGAGCUCCCAGGAUGUGGCCUCUCUGGCUUCAGACUGUUUUCUCACUGUCCUCCUGGGUAAACUGGAGAAGAGCUUCAGCUCUGUGCACCUGCUUGCAGGUGGGUUUGCCGAGUUCUCCCGCUGUUUCCCUGGCCUCUGUGAAGGAAAGUCCACUCUAGUCCCCACCUGCAUCUCUCAGCCUUGCUUACCUGUUGCCAACAUCGGGCCAACCCGAAUUCUGCCCAAUCUCUAUCUUGGCUGCCAGCGAGAUGUCCUCAACAAGGAGCUGAUGCAACAGAAUGGGAUUGGUUAUGUGUUAAAUGCCAGCAACACCUGCCCCAAGCCUGACUUUAUCCCCGAAUCUCAUUUCCUGCGAGUGCCUGUGAAUGAUAGCUUUUGUGAGAAAAUUUUGCCGUGGUUGGACAAAUCAGUGGAUUUUAUUGAGAAAGCAAAAGCCUCCAAUGGAUGUGUCCUCGUGCACUGCUUGGCGGGGAUCUCCCGUUCCGCCACCAUCGCCAUCGCCUACAUUAUGAAGAGGAUGGAUAUGUCCUUGGAUGAAGCUUACAGAUUUGUGAAAGAAAAAAGACCUACUAUAUCUCCCAACUUCAAUUUCCUGGGCCAGCUCCUGGACUACGAGAAGAGGAUUAAGAGCCAGACCGGGGCCGCUGGGCCCAAGAGCAAACUGAAGCUGCUGCCCCUGGAGAAGCCAAGCGAGCCAGUCGCUGGGCCCGGCCCCGUGGAGGGUGCACAGGGGAGCCAGCUGCCCCCAGGGCCGCCCCCCGGCCGCCCGGCUCCUGCUCCCUCCGAGGGGGCAGGGCCCCGGCCUGCGCCCCCCAGCACGGCCCCCGACGACGGCCCCCUGGUCCAGGCCCUCAACGGGCUCCACCUGACCCCAGACAGGCUGGAGGACAGCGGCCGCCUGAAGCGCUCCUUCUCGCUGGACAUCAAGUCGGUGUCCCCGACGCCCGGCGGGCUCUCAUCCCCCGAGGCCGCCCUGGAGCUCUACAAGCCCGCUGCCUCCAGCCUGGAAGGCGCGGGCAAGCCCUGCCAGUUCUCUCCGGUGCAGGAGGUGUCGGAGCAGACGCCGGAGGCCAGCCCGGACCGGGAGGAGGCCCCGCCGCACCGGCCCUCUGACGGCAGCGGCCAGGGUGCACGGCCCCGGCCGGGGAGGCCCCUGUGGUCGCCCCUGCACCGCAGCGGGAGCGUGGAGGACCGCGGGCAGCCCCGCUUCCUCUUCGGCCUCUCGGCCAGCCAGCAGCACCUGGCCACGUCGGCCACGGGGCUGGGCCUGGAAGGCUGGCACUCGGACCUCCUGGCCCCCCAGACCUCCGCGCCGGCCCUGACCAAGAGCUGGUAUUUCGCGCCAGAGCCCCCACACUUCUACUCGGCCUCGGCCGUCUACGGGGGCCGCGCGGGCCACCCUGCCUUCAGCUGCAGCCAGCUGCCCACGUGCGGCGGGGACCCUGGGCACUCGGUGCGCCGGCGCCACAAGCCCGGCGACAGGGCCGACUCCCGGCGCAGCUGGCAUGAGGAGAGCCCCUUCGAGAAGCAGUUCAAGCGUCGAAGCUGCCAGAUGGAGUUCGGUGAGAGCAUCAGGUCCGAGAACCGGUCGCGGGAGGAACUGGGCAAGGUGGGCAGCCAGUCAAGCUUUUCAGGCAGCAUGGAAAUCAUCGAGGUCUCCUGAGCAGGAGGACACUUGUGACUCCCGUGGACAGGGCUUGUCUUGUUCACGAAAACUAAUUCCCUGUAAAUCUGAAAUAUAUAUAUGUACAUAUAUAUUUUUGGAAAAUGGAGCUAUGGUGUAAAAACAACACAUGGAUCCACACCAUUCUUUUUUUUUUUUUAACAUCUGCAGUUGAGAGAGCAGCUAAUACUUCUCUCAACACAAAUGGAAGGGCCCAGGCCAGCUUUCCGCCAGACACGUCACAGUUCUAUGCAAUGGAUUGCACAUCCUCCCCUUCUUACUAGAUUGAGUUCUACUUGGAGUUGGAGGACGGAAGCCCCCACCGUUCUCUUGUUGUGCUACAAAGAGAUCUCAGAUCCUAGUCCUGUCUGGUCCCUUCCGAAGUGCACCUUAGCGCUGAGACUGAGCCAGCCUGUGGGUCGGGCGGGGAGACCCCGUUAGGAACAAAACCUAAUGGUAAAUCAACAAGGAACCAUCAGGUCCAAAGCUGAGGCACAGAUCCAAGCGCACCCGCCAGCCGCUGAGCUGGCCAGCGUCAUUCUGCUGACUGACCAUUAGGGGGCCUUGCCAAGACCUACUUUAGAGCAACCCCAGUACCUCAGACAGAAAGUCGGGGCUUUCACCACUACCAGGCCUGGUGGCCCGGUUACUAGGCAUUGUGAACAGGUAGGUAGCUAGUCACACCUUUCGACCAGUUUAGACGAUCUCUGCAGGCAUUUCCAGUUAGGCCUGGAUGGAAGUGGUCCAGCUCCUCUUCUCAGCUUUGUGAAGAAGGAAGACAAAGCUAUCUGAGAUCAACUGAACAGCCAGGAAUCUGGCAGCAUGGUGAUUUAAGCUAAUGUUGGGAGGCUAAAUGAGUCUACCUCCCUCUUUCUAAAUCAAAAGAACUGUUCAAGAUGGGCUUGUUAAUCCUGGGAAGUAAAGGUUAACCUGGUUUCAAGCCAGAUGUGAAUUUAUUUGGUAGCAGAGAAGCACCCCCUUCAAGGUCUCAGCCAAACUAGGUAUUUUCUAUUUUGGUUUCACUGCACAGAGGUAUUUUGUGAAAAUGGAACAAUAAAGUGGAAUUUUAUUGCAAACGACAAGAGGCAGAAAAUUGUGGAAGGACAAGAUCAAACUACUGAGGAGCAGCUGCUGCUGCUAAGUCGGCUAUUAUUUUCUCAGUGGUUUUUUUUUACCCCCUUAGCAUGUGACGAAGGUGGUAUUUUCUACGAUUUCCUUAGGCUUUCAUACCGCUAGGGCUGAGAGGCUUUCGUAAGCCAGGAAUGCUCAGAACUAAACGGUAUAGAAAGGUGAGGAGGAGGCGGACAAAUUUUGUUUCAUCGCAAGCAGAGUGGAAAGACACACCCACACUAUUCUCAAACUACCCGCAGCAUUUUUUAGUAGAAGGGACACCAAAAUGGAGCGGGACCAAGUGGUCUCAGUCCAUACCUACAAUCACUGUAUGGAAUCAACCCUGGCAGCUGAAACUAGGUGAUUAGAACAAGUAAGCAAGUGAUAGUACUUACCUGCUUUUAAACUUCCUGGCUUGAGUUUCGUCAGCUAUAGUCUGGUCCUGUUUUGAAGCCUUAAUUCACGUCAGCAGCUUUUUUUUUUUUUUUUUAAGGGUGGUGGGUGGGUGUUCGUGUUGUUCUUUACUGUAAGUGUAGCUAGUUGCUGACUCAUAUCUCAGGUUUUUCUACGUGUGAGAAAUGGACAGUCCUUUGAGUCGGAUGUGACUUCAUGUUUCUUAUGGUGACUGCUAAAACCAGCAUAGAAUGACAUGAUUCAAAACUGACUUGAUCGUGACAAUUCUGAGCUUCAUAGAACAUAACUGGUUAUGCACAAAUAAUGGGUUGUGAUAUGGGUGUAAAAUGAAGUGAGUAAACUGUAGGGAGUGCAUUGUUGCCAUACUGGAAAGGUUCUGUUAAGUUUAGCUUUUCUCUAUACAUGCAAAUUCUGGGUGUAAUCAGACCCAACUGUCAAGGUUUCACACAUUGAUUUUUGAUGUGUUACGUACACACGCACCAACCAUGUAACAGCUCCCAGCUUCCAGAGUCUGGUCACAACUGUGGAACAUUUUUGAGAAGUGAAAGCAAUGGCUCCAGUGCUGUCUGUUUCAGGAGGGCUGUGGGAUUUGGUUUUAAUGAGAUCUUUGGGCUGAACUGGCCUUCCAACCUUCGGGAUUUCUCUUGGCCAUGGUCCCCUUCCUUCCUGUGACCAAUGUGGUCCUAUGCUGCAGCUUUUAGUUCUUGGUCACUAAUGUCAAAUAAUCAGCCCUCAGAAUGGAGACUUCCCAGCUGAGGAGACAGCCUCUCAGGUCAGCCCUGGAGCCACAUGGGUGGCCAUGGGCCCCGAGUAGCUGGUUCUCUGCACCGUGAAUCGGAGAGGGAGUGCUGGAGCCUACCAGAUGAUACAGAACGGUGAUAUCAAACAGCAGAACUAGACUUCGAUGUGAGAAAUGCUGGAAAAUGGUUUAGGACAUUUGUAAAGUUGGGUGGGAAGACUGUAUAAAUGUUUAAUAUGAAUAUAGUGUUCUUUUGGAGUAAGGCAAGCUGUUGAAUGGUUACAAUUGUGCAUUUCUCAUUCUGAUGUGUCAUGAAUGUUAAUAUGAUGAAAUAAAAUAAAAACUGGUACCUGUUUAUACAUAAA